AUGUCUAGCAAGAAUAACAAAGGCGAGAAGGCGCCAGUGAAUUUUCUUCCGCAAGGCAAGAUCUUGAAACCUGAAGAAAUUGAGUAUGAGUUCGGUGGGCCGAUAGGAGUUACGGCGAUGAUGCUCGGGUUCCCGGCCCUAAUGUACUACAUGUGGAUCUGCGCCGAGUUUUAUGGCGGUAAGGUUGCACUACCGGGUCCUAACGAAAGCUGGCCACAGUUCUUGGCGCACCUGUGGCAGCUAUGCGUCGAACACGCAGUGCCCUCACGCUACUCCUGGACCAUUUUCUUCACAUUCUGGGCAGCGCAGAUAGUGUUUUACUACACGCUGCCUGGUGUGUGGACGGAGGGCCAGCCAUUGACUCACCUGAAAAACAAGCAGUUGCCUUACUUCUGUAACGCGAUGUGGACCUUCUACACUUCUGUCUCCAUUGUUCUUGUUCUACACGCCACGGGAAUUUUCAAGCUCUACACAAUCCUCGAUAAUUUUGGCGAAAUCAUGACGUGUGCUAUUAUCUGCGGAUUUGCGUUCUCGAUCGGUUUGUACUUGUACACUCUGUUUGUAUCCGGCGACUAUCACCGUAUGACGGGAAACCACAUUUACGACAUGUUCAUGGGAGCCCCAUUGAACCCUCGCUGGGGUGUUUUGGACCUGAAGAUGUUUUUCGAGGUCAGACUGCCUUGGUUCACAUUGUUCUUCCUCACACUGGGCGCUGCGCUCAAGCAAUACGAAUCAUACGGGUACGUGACCCCUCAGCUUGGUGUUGUGUUACUAGCACACUGGCUCUAUGCCAAUGCCUGCGCCAAAGGCGAGGAGCUGAUCGUCCCAACCUGGGACAUGGCCUACGAGAAAUUUGGCUUCAUGUUGAUUUUCUGGAAUAUCGCGGGUGUUCCCUACACAUAUUGCCACUGUACCCUGUACUUGUAUUAUCACGACCCUAGCGAGUACAACUGGUCGUGGUAUUACAACUUGUCCUUGUACGUGGUGUUGUUGAUCGCAUACUACUUCUUCGACACUGCUAACGCUCAGAAAAACGCGUUCAGAAAGGCAAUGGCGGGUGACACGCGCGUGCGUAAAACCUUCCCAUUUUUGCCUAAGCAGAUCUUGAAGAACCCAAAAUACAUGGUCACAAAGAAUGGCUCUUACUUGUUGAUUGACGGUUGGUACAAGUUGGCCAGAAAAAUUCACUACACUGCGGAUUGGACACAGUCUUUGAUUUGGGCUUUGUCAUGCGGAUUCAACUCCUUUUUUCCAUGGUUUUUCCCCAUCUUCUUCUUCAUCACUCUUGUUCACAGAGCAUUGCGUGACCAGGCGAAGUGCAAAAAGAAGUACGGUGAAGACUGGGACAAGUAUUGCAAGGAAUGUCCUUAUCUAUUCAUACCAUACGUCCUUUAG